CAGGCAACCGGUCGGUCAGGCGAACAGCAACUGUCCAGUUCUCUCGCCAAUCUCUCUCCGCACGGGCAACAGAAUAUAUCGCGCGAGAUCGAAAACUCCCUAAAUUAAAAUUGAGGCCGCCGCAGUAUGUGAACAUGACAGAUACAGAUACGCAAGCAAUAACAAGUGACAAGUUCUGCAAUUUCUAAGUAAUAAGAAAGCAAAAAAACAAACAAAAAUAACAUACAUAUUGUAGUGGCUACGUCGUUGUGAUUGGAAUUCCGAUUGUGAUUGCGGCAAGCAACAAAUGAAAUAAACAAAUCGAUUGUGCUCAUUCAAAAGGAAAUUGCAGUUUAAGCGUAAUUAGUGCAAAAUGCCAUUGUUACCCACCAUCGAGGAGGAGGCCAAGCUCUCUUGGGUGCGUCUCAUGUGGCGCUAUCGCCUGCAGUUUCAGUCGAUGACCGCCGCCUCGCUUGUCUUUGUGGGCAGCGGCAUGCGCUUGGCCUGGUCCAUUUUCGAUACACCCGCUGGCAAGUUUCACAACAACGACAGCACUCACAAUCUGAUGAUGAGCUGGUUCAUUGGCGCCGCCUUUGGAGCUCUCCUCGCCGCCGCCUUCGUCCAGCGCGUCACCAAAAACGUGGCCUAUACAUCCAGCGGCUUUCUGCUGCUCGUCGCUGGCAUUUUGAACCUGGCGUUUCCGCGGAACUUCUGCGCCGCUUGCUACAGUAGCGUGAGCGUGGGCGCCGCCUAUGGCUUGACCCAGGUGCAGGCGCUGGUCACUGGCUCGGAGGUGGCUCACAAGUCGAUACGCGGCAUGCUGCUCAGUUGCGAGCGCAUCUUUCUCUGGCUGGGAGUGUCGAUACAAAUAUUCUACACACGCCUCUGGUAUGCCUUGGAGCCCAUCGAACGGGGUCACACAAUGCACAUCGAUCAGCUGCAUGGCAUUUUGCUGGCAGCCUUGGGUCUGGCGGCUGUUGUCAUGAGCCUGGCCCAUCGACUGGAAUCACCGCUGUUGCUCCUACGCCAGGAGCGAGACAUGGCGCUGGGCGAUACGCUGAAGCAGCUGCAUGGCCAGUCGCAGUCGGGCACAGAGUUGCUGCGACUGCGGGAGGAUUGCCGCCAGCUGCACAAUGCACGCGACUGGGAGCAGUUUGCAGAGACGCCAGAGGACUCGCCGCGCUGGCAUCGCUGGGGGAGACGGACGCUGCCGUUGCUCAAGGUGCUGUUCCUGCGCUGCUUUGCGGCUUUGGCGCUGUCGUUGCCCUACAAUCGCGCCUUUCUCGCGGUCAGCUGGCAUGGGCUGGAGUGCGACAUGAAUUGUCUCUACUGGCUGGCAUUCUGUGGUCUGCUGGGCAGCUUGGGCGGUGCUCUGCUGGUGGACUGGCAGGGAAGGCGUAAGUUGUGCUCGUUGUCGCUGUUUGUGGCGGGCAUUCUCAUUGUCAUGGUUGGCGGCGUGUUUGAGCACUUGGAGACCGCAAGGAAGACCUACUACGACAUCAAUCUGCAGGCCAUUGCCCUGCUGAUGCUGCUCUUCGAGAUAAUUGUCGCCGGCGGUGUCGCGGUGCCCGCUCUCGUCUACACUGGGGAGGCAUUCAGCGUGGCCCACAAGGCGCGGUGUCUGGCCGGCGUCCUCAUCUGCGAGCAGGCCUUGCAUCUGGGUCUCAUGGUGGCUGCAUUCGAGCACAAUUUGAGGGAUUCGGUGUUCUUCUUUACCUUUGGUGGCCUGAGCUUUGUCUUCGGAUUGCUCGUGUUCACGCUGAUGCCAGAGACGCGGCAGCUGACGCUCUACGAGUGUCUGCUGAAGUUUAAGAAAGUACCUUAGACUUGUUCCUUCUCCUCAUCCUCAUCCUCAUGACAGGUAUCUAUCACAUAUUGUUAGCUAAUCCUAUCCCUAUGCUAAGUUGUAUGCAUUUAUCUCUAGUAGCAAUUUAUUGUGACUAUCCAUUUCAAAACUAUUGUGCAUGAAUAGAACUAUUUCUUAUAUUGA